AAGCAAAAUUUUAUUAUUACUAUACUCAUCAAUGUAUUUCCCAACAUUUUGUAUUUUUCAUUGAAUGGGUGCCAUGAAAGGGCUGAAGGAAUUGAUAUAAUGGCUUUAUUGAUACAAAGCAACGUUUAUAAUUUAAGAAUGAUAACAUUUUUUAACUAUUAGUAUCUAUAACCACCUUUAUAAUUGCUCAGUCCUAAUGGAUCAUGAGAUCCCUAAGGAAGUCACAUUAAGCAUUGCAUCUCUUUCCCAGCUGUAAAUCUCUUAACUUUUUGAAGCGUAAAUGUGUUCUAAACAUUUAAAAAUUUGUUCAUACCUGACAGGAAAAAUGCUGGAUCCCCAAUGCAAAGACCAACCAGUUAAUACAGUUUUAAGGAAAGAACUGUUUUUCACUCUGAGAACCAGAUGAAACUUAUACAGUGUGGAAAAAAUGAGAUAUUAAAGCAGGUGGUACAUAUGGUUACCACUGUGCUUAAGUGGUUAAAUUUACCAGAUAUUGAGUAAACAUACUGACAUUUCUACACACUUGCUGGUGAUACUAUAAGCUGACAUGUGCUAAUCAUAUAACAAGAUGAUUCAACAUUUUUAUGUAACACAGUAACUGAGAUUCAGUUUGUUCUAUGGUUGCAGCAAAUAUUUUAUUGAUGCAUUGUUUUGUUUGUCAAACUCGCGUGGAAAAAGCCAUUAAACCAGAGAGCCAGUUUAUGGCAAAACUGGAUAAAAAUGCCACCGAUACGUACAGAAUGUCAAAGCAAGUUUAUGUAGAGAUAACAAUAAAUAUAUCACAAAGUUUUGUGUGUUAAACAUGCAAGAGAGGAGGGAAGACAUUAUUGACAAUGCAAAAUCUAGCCAUUGUACCACUUCAGAAACUGAUAACACAUUCUAGGUCUGAUUACACACUUAACAAAACUGACAUACUACAACAUGAAACAAAGAUGGUCUUACAAACAUGUAGCAUAAUUAUAAGUGUUCCUACUUCAUAGUAAACUUUCCCAAUCUGAAUUGCAUCUGGAGCUGGCUAUCCUAGCCAAGGCAUGAAUUAUUUGUUCUUAUUGUGUUCAUGUGACUGUCAGAAGAGAACCUUAAUAUAUCCCACACCAAUGUAUCCUUCUUCCCCCAUGGUUUUCAUUCAGUAAACAAAACAGCAAACAAUUUCAGCAUGAGAAUACACAUUAAGUGUGUCUGAAUGUGCUGUUUUUAUUAACAACAUAUACAGGGUGCGUCAGAAAGGAUGGUUGGAUUUCAAGUGCCUGUUACGCCGCGACGGGGGGAGGCGUAGAGUGGGGGGGGCCGAUCGAUUGGUCGGUGGGAGAAUGCAGUUUCAGUUGGUAACAUGGAGUGGUCGGGUGCACAGCGUGCAUUCAUUGUAGAGACGUUUUUGAAAAACAGAGAGUCUGUGAUCGCUACUCAACGAGCCUUCAGCAUUCAUUAUGCGAUAGGAUCCCUACUCACAACACAAUUUUGCGGUGGGUGGCUUCAUUUCAUGCCACAGGUUCAACCUAAGUUGAACCUAACGUCAUCUUGAAUCACAGUGACAUUCCUUGGUCGGCAUGUUCACCCGAUCUUGAGCCCUGUGAUUUCUUCCUUUGGGGCCAUUUGAAGGCGGAAGUUUAUAAACAUCGACCACAUACACUGGACGAGCUAAAGACAGCGAUUCGAGAAGAAAUCGCGGCGAUUCCACCAGAUAUGACCUCGAGAGUGAAGAAUAACUUCAGAAAACGCCUCGAUGUCUGUAUCAGAAGCCAAGGAUAUCAUAUGGAUGAUAUUGUAUUCCACAAAUAAACUGCAUGUAUUGGCGAAUCUGAUGGUAACAAUAAAAUUUGGAUUUGAUGAAGCCUUACCAAUUUUAUUGCCCUGUGAAAUCCAUCCAUUCUUUCUGACGCACUCUGUACUUACACAACAUCAGAUAGCUUCUGAGCAUUACAGCUCUGGCUCUUCUUCCAGGUUCGAUCCAUCACUAACAUAUGGUUGCGUGAAAAAAUGCCCAGUCUCUCUCUUUGUCCCCCACUAUGUAUUAUGUGACAGGCUACGCCUCACAUUCAGAGCAUUCUUCAAACAAUCUGUGCCUCAGUCUCCACUUGAACACUACCGUAUUCGCCAAGUAAACAUCAUUUACUUCGUUGAAGAUGACACAAUCACUGUUAUGGAACCAGAAGUUGCGAACUCUGGACUCCAGCAAAGAAGGCUUGUGAGAAGAAACAGAAUUCCAAAGACAACACCUGGAGACUUCUGGCAUUGGAAAGAUUUUAACAUUGGAAUUGAUGUCACCGUGUAUGGCGUUGUCUAUCACAUUGUUGAUUGUGACAGUUUCACAAGAGAAUACUUGCACAGUCAAGGCAUUGUGAUGAAUGACCCUGAAGAAAUACCACCUGAUCCAUACACUUCACUCACACAGCUGAAGAUCAAGCCUCACAGCCAUGAAACCAAAGUGGCUGAUGACAAAUUCAAGCGCUUCUUAGAAUAUGAUGGGAAGGUACUCAGGUUCUUUGCUGUAUAUGAAGAUCCUGACUCAAAGGGCAGAGAACUGAGGCCACACAUCAUCUACUACUACUUGGCAGAUGACACUGUUGAAGUACAGGAUUAUUACAGGAAGAACAAUGGGCGUGAUCCAUUCCCUCUGCUACUCAGGAAGAUGAAACUCCCCAAGGACUGGAAAGCUUUAUCAGUUGACUUCCCUUCUGUUGCAAUGGAAGUGUUAGAGAGGAAAGCCACAUCUUAUUACACAGCAAAAGAUUUCUUGGUUGGAGAAAUUAUCUUCAUUCUAGGAAGAAGGUUCCUCAUCUAUGAUGCAGACGAAUUCACAAGGAAGUACUUCAAGGAGAUCCUCAACAUAACCCAAAAAGAUGCCAUAGAUGUAUCAAAGAAGAUGCCCCCUCCUCUGGUGGCUCCUGUACCACCUUAUUUUGGAUUUGGAAGUCCUGAGGACUCUCUGCAAUCCAGUCUUACUGUUACAACCCUGAAGCCUCCAAAGAAGAAUGUUGUACAAUAUGUGGUCAAUAUUGGUAAACACCUUCGCUAUGAGGCUGUCAUGGACUGGGUACAUCCUGAAGACAAGGAUCGCAAGUUUAUGUUCAGCUAUUCACUGUCAGACUGCUCCAUCACCAUCACUGAGAUCCCACAACAUAACUCGGGUUUCGUGCAAAGGACGUACCUCAGGUCAACCCGCAUACCAAAACCAGGCACCAACUGGGAUGAUCCACAGUAUUACAGUCCAGAUGAUUUUGCCAUUGGUAAGUUCACUACACUGAUUCAGUGGGCAGAUGCAUUAAAUCAAUGACAGAUUCAGUAGUUACUUAAGACCGCAAAUACAAUGAGCAUCAGGAGUCAUUAUAGAGGUUCCAUGUUUGAUUGCUAAGUAUCUUCUGGUUGCAAUACAUACAAAGCUUUAACUCUGGGAAUGUGGAGAAGAUGAAUCCCACAUAUUAGUUUUGAGUUCAUGGCAAGGUGUGGGUCUCUUUUGUCAAAUGCCAUGACUUGCAGGAUUAAUUAAAACUAUAAACUCUAUGGUCUUAGUCCACAAGUGAACUAUACUGACCAA